GGCAUUGACUUCGAUUGAGGAACUGCAGUAUACGAGAGUCGAGACGCAGGAAGGGAAGACACACAAGACGUGAUGUGGAAGGGCGCCAGAUAGAGUCUGUUACAGCCCGAUCAGGUGGCAGUCGCUAUUGGCCAACCGUCUGUUGACCAUCGUCUGUUUCCUAUUACAAUCUGAGAUUGGAUUUGAGAGUGCGAUCUUGUUGUACGCCAUGGCUGCGGCGUCAGCGCAAGAGCCAGAGUUGCUGGAGCGGGACUCCCUUUUUCGAAAAUUGAGGGCAAAGUCUGAAAAUAAGAUGUGCUUUGAUUGCAAUGCCAAGAAUCCAACUUGGGCAUCCGUGACAUAUGGAGUCUUCAUCUGUCUUGAUUGCUCCGCAAUGCACCGGAGCCUGGGCGUGCACGUCAGCUUUGUCCGGUCUACCUCACUGGACUCGUGGAAUCAGGAUCAGUUGAAGACCAUGGCCUUCGGCGGGAAUGGAAGGGCUAGGGUUUUCUUCAAGCAGCAUGGUUGGACAGAUGGCGGCAAGAUUGAGCAGAAGUACACCUCGCGGGCAGCUGAUCUCUACCGGCAGCUCCUGGCGAAGGAGGUCGUGCGCAGCUCCGUGGUAGCUCCAUCCUCAGCCCCAUUCCUUGGUGCAACUGCUUCUGCGGAAGCCUCCGCACCUGUGGAGGAGGCUGUGGACUCGCAGGACAACAAGGCAGAUGCAGCACCUGAGGAAGCACCUUCUCAGACGCCUGAGGUGCCCAAGGCUGUCUCGCCGCGAGUAUCCAACAUCACAAGAAAAGGACCGGCUGUGACCAGGCGGCUCGCUGGUGCGAAGCCUGGUGGUGGAUUAGGAGUCAAGAAGCUGAGUGCGAAGGUCAACGAUAGUCUGUUCGAUCAGAAGCCGACUGAGAUUCCUGUUCCUGCUGUCAGUGCGUCUAUUGAUACAUCUUCUAGCAUCAACGGAAGCUCCAGGUUUGGGUAUGGAGACAGCGGCUCUGGAAGCCACAUAGCACCACCCACCACCGGUGGAGACUUCUUCUCUGACUUCACCUCUGGCCCUGGAGCAAAGAGGUCCUCAGGAACCAGUAAGAAGCCAGAGGUGCCAUCAGAAGACGCGGUGGCGCAAAAGCGCUUUGCAAAUGCCAAGUCCAUCUCGUCGGCUCAGUUCUUUGGGAAUGAGAAUCAGGCCAACAGCCGCGAAACUGAAGUCAGGCUCCAACGCUUUGCGAACUCGAGCUCCAUUUCCAGUGCGGACUUCUAUGAUGAUGGGACUGGGGGAGCCGGGGGAAGUGGCAAUGGCAGCGGCAGCGGCAGCCGCAACCAAGGGAUGGACUCAUCCCUCGACAUGACAGCAUCCGAGCUCAUGUCUAAGUUGACUGUCCAGGCUCGUCAAGACAUGGGACAGCUGAAGAACAUGGCCGGAGCUGCCAGCCGAAAGUUCUCUAACCUGGCACAAAGCUUCGUUGCUGACCUGCAGGACCGUAUCAGAUAGAAGGCCUGCACUCAUUUGUGUGAGAACCUUUUUGGAUAGGAAAGCCUAGGUCCGAUUCCGCUCUUACAUAGCUAUUCAACUCUGGUAAACAUGGCUACAGAACCAGCCGGAACGUACUGGCCCCAUCUUCAAAUUGUUAACAUAGGAUGGCUUAUCUAAUAUCGUUAUGCAGGUUCAUAUGGUGGCGCCAUCGAAAGGCUUCCUGAU